AUGGACCCAGCAGGAGAAUGGGCUCCAGGCCGGAGUGAGGUCAUGAGAGGACCUCGAGGCCAGACCAUUGUCAUCAAGUUGGGGACGAGCUCAAUUGUGGACGAAAAGACCCACGAGCCCUUGUUGCCGAUCCUCUCCUUAAUCGUCGCCACAGCGGUAAAGCUCCGGAAGGAUGGCCACAAAGUCAUCAUUGUCUCUUCCGGUGCCAUUGGCGUCGGAUUGAGGAGGAUGGACAUCAAGAAACGUCCUAAACGCCUCUCCUCGCUCCAGGCCCUCGCUGCCAUCGGCCAGUGCCGUUUGAUCGGCUUGUGGGACAGCCUGUUUGAGCACUUGCGCCAGCCUGUUGCGCAGAUUCUUCUCACUCGCAGUGAUAUUGCUGAUCGUACAAUGUACAAGAAUGCCCAAAAUACCUUCAUGGAGCUUCUUGACAUGGGCGUGAUCCCGAUUGUCAAUGAGAACGACACUGUCGCUGUCUCGGAAAUCAAGUUUGGUGACAAUGAUACCUUGUCAGCCAUCACGGCGGUCAUGGUACACGCCGACAUGUUGUUCUUGAUGACAGACGUCGAUUGCCUUUACGACAAGAAUCCCCGGACCCAUCCGGAUGCCAAACCCAUCGAAAUUGUGGAGGACAUAGGCCUUUUGCAGGCGGAUGUAUCUUCGGCUGGCUCCGCGCUGGGGACCGGGGGCAUGUCGACCAAGAUCGUCGCUGCCCGCAUUGCAACCUCUGCAGGUGUCACCACCGUUGUCACCCGAGCUUCCUCUCCGGCCAACAUCUCCAAGCUGGUCCGGUACAUCGAGGCUACGAAGGGCUCGCCCCAGAUCACCCCAUUCCCCCUGCACACGCGCUUUGUGCCGGACGCUGAACCCGUUCGCGAUCGGCACUUUUGGGUGCUUCACGGGCUGGCCCCUCAUGGCACUCUCUACAUUGACAAUGGCGCUCACAAGGCCUUGCAGGACAAGGCUGGCCUCCUUCCCAUCGGCAUCGUUGAUGUUGAGGGAAACUUUGCCCAGCAUGAAGCUGUCCGUCUUGUUGUGGUAGACAGGCUCUCGACCCCUGGACCCGACGGCAAGUGCUACAUCGGCCCUGGCAUAGAAGUGGGCCGGGCCAUUGUCAAUUAUUCCGCACCCGAAGUUGCCCGAAUCAAGGGACACAAGAGCGUUGACAUUGGCGGCCUUCUUGGCUAUGCCGACAGCGAGUAUGUCGCACCUCGGCAGUAUAUUAGCUUUUUCAAGAGUGUGAGCCGGCCUGUCACACCCAGCUUUGAAAACAUGCCAAUUCUGCCGGGGUUGACUACGAUUGAUGCCAUCACCAUCAACCCGGCGUCACAAAGGUAG